CUGCAGACAGUUGCAAAAAGUGAUAUUACUAGCUAUAGCGCUGUGAUUAGUCUAGUUAAACCUUAAAGGAGCGUUUAACCCGUGAGAUAACGAUCGCUAGGCGAUCAUUGUAAGGCCGGAUGUCCUAGAACGGCCCAGUAUGGCCUCACCUGACCUGUGUAACGGCGCAGGCAAGACAAUGGGUCCGAAUGCGGCCUUGUACGUAGGAUAUCAGAAAACUACCGAGCUAGCUACGGGGGCGAGUCAUGGUCGGGGCCGAUACGGGGACCCUUCGGAUAGGAUCCGAAAUCGUUACAACCUGUUUGGAGGUCGCAUGACCUGUGCUUCGUAUAUAAGCAUGAAUCCUGACAAGCGAGGCUUGGCAGCGAUUCGUCUCUCUUACAAUACACUCCUAUCUUUCUCCGAAACCUUGCUCUCAGUGCUAUCCCGGGUAUAUAGUCUUGAUCUUCCUCCACUGUUUGGAAGUUACCGGCAGAAGGCACCUAGCAAUAGAAAAGUCGAGGAUAUAAUAGCCUUUACGGAAGAAACAAUACCUCUAAUCAAUAAGUAUGUCGAUUUCUUUAAUAUUAUGACAUACAGCUUGAUAAAUUGCAGAGACAAUGUCACAAACCACUAUACAGGCGUGACGCUGUCUCUCGAAGCUUUUAGGACUAAUCCUGAGGCUAAUUGCUUAACGCAACCAAUCGGCUAUCUUAGCCAAGCAGGUGCCUUCUCGUGGCAUAACAAGGUCCCUGAAGAGCUAGCACAGUCAUUCAGCAAAGCGCUGUCACAAGGAAAAUAUGACAGCGAAUCUGGAACUCAGAUGAAAACAUAUGGUAGACACUUGAUACCCCCGAGGCUACGAAUUCGACCAUCUCCAAGCGCUAACGGGGGGUUACGAAAGCCUAUGCGGGAAACCGGCCAUGCGGAUAGAGCUUUCAUGGAAAGAAUCGAGUUGUAG